GAUGUAUGAAAGGUGCAGAAUGUUAUGAUUUGAAACGAAUAAUAAAAAUAGUAAAAUAGCAACGAAACCCGUGAAAUAAGAGCUUCGCCCGGUGUGUUAACGACAAAACACUGUUAAUAAUACAAACGGAUCAAUAUUCAGUGACGUGUGUGUGAAAAAACGUGUUAUUUAUAUUUGUGAAAUAUUAUUUUUCUGUGUGGGUUUUCGCUAAUGCAUCACGGUGUAUUGCUAUGUGACAGAAAACGUAGAUAUGUCUACCGAUGCUGAUAAGGAAACGGCAUGUCCGAGUGUUAGUGCAAAUCAGAGUGGCGGGGACGAAUCGACUGCGGAAAAAGCGAGCAAGAAAAAGAAACCCUCUAGGAAAGUCUGCUUUCCUGAUGAGGAGCACCUUGUCACUCAGUAUUUCGAGCCUGCGAACCCUUGGCACAAUGUGCCGGCGACGACGCGGGCGCAGCUGGCGGCGGAGUACCUCGAGUCGUGUCGGCGGCACAACACGCCCCCCAUCGACUCCGUACUGCUUCAGAUACGGGAACUCCCGGAAGGCGUGAUAGGCGGAGGCAUCCGCGCGCCGCGUCUCACACUCUCCAGCUGUUCCCUUCUCGGCUCCGCGCCGUGUGACGCUUUAGAAGCAGUGCUACACCGCGCGCAGUUCCGCCGCCUGGAGCUGGAGUGUGAUAUAGACGAUGAAGGCGCGGAGGCGUUGUUUGACAUGAUCGAGUACUAUGAGAGCGCCACGACGGUAGCGAUCACCGGGCCGAGGCACUUCGGCAUCCGGGGCUGGCAGGCGGCCUCUAGAAUGAUCAAGAAGAGCGCGGAGCUAUCCGAGCUGGAAGUGUCGGACGGGCCGGUGGAGGCGACGCACGCGCCGGUGCUCGCGCGCGCCCUACGCCCGGCCGCGUGUCGGCUGCGCUCGCUCUGCCUGCAGCGGGCCUCGCUCGCCGGCGAGCCUCUGCUCUGCCUCGUGAUAGCGCUAAAAUGCAACCGGUCCGUGCGAGAACUCCGCUUGUGCGACAACCGUCUAACCGCCGCCGACGCAGCGCAGAUCGCCGGGUUACUCAAGAUCAACUCCAGGAUACAACUGCUAGACCUCUCCAAUAACCAGAUACAGGAUGCGGGUGUGGGUCACAUAGCGGACGCAUUAGUGGAGCAGUCGACACAGUCGCCCCCCUCCGCUAAUAGCUCCCCCAUGUCUCCACACAACUGUCCACUAAUGGGCGGUGGUUACGAGGCGCGAGGGCUGGCGUUCCUCGUUCUGUGGAACAACCAGCUCACGAGGAACGCGGCGCAUCAUCUCACCAGGAUGGUGCGCGCGUCAAAAUCCCUGUGCGUCCUCAACGUGGGUCGCAACGCCAUCGGCAGCGCCGGCGUCCGCGUCGUGGGCGCCGGCGCCCUGCUGUCUCUAGGGCUGCAGGGCGCCAGGAUACUGUCUGACGCUGCUCCGCUGCUGCAGCAAGCCCUGUUGCAGGACACACACCUGCAGAGGAUAGACCUGCGCGACAACCGGCUGGGCGCGGAGGGUCUGCAGGCGAUCCUCUCCGCCAUGGAGACCAACACCUCGCUCACGCAGGUCGACCUCGACGACCCCAAGGAGUCUUCAUCUCCAACGGAUGACCCCGUAGUGCGCCUGACACGAGAAGUGCGCGCCCUCUGCCGGCGAAACGAGCCCGCCGCAGCCAGCCCGGAGCGAAGAGUCACUAGAAAAAUCAGUUUGACGUGCCACACACAUUGUUUACAUCGGAGCCUGGCGGCGGAGGAGCCCCGCGCGCGGGAGCCGGCGCCGGCGCGCCUGCGCUCGCCCGCGCCCUCCCCCGCCGGCUCGCCCACGCCGCACGCGCACCCCUCGCGCUUCUCCGUAACGCGAGUGACGCCGGAGCGGUCGCCAACGGACACGACGCUACGCUCGCCGUACUCCACCCCCUCUAGGUUCAAGGUCGUACAGGUAGCAGAGCCGCCCCAAAUCCAAGUACAGUCAGCCACACCAGAGCAACCGACCUUACGCUCCUCACGGUUCUCAGUGACGCGCAACAUGGACACCCUGUACAAUCCUUCCGCCCCCUCACCCCCGCCCACACCCAUGGCCACCAAGAAUAUGAAAGAACACUGUAAUGACGAAACAGUGAAAGACCAACCAACUGUUAUACUUGUCAAAGACGCUAGUGAUGUUAAAGAGAGUGACAAAGAUAAAACUGAAAAGACAAAAAGUGAUAAUACGAGUGAUGAUACUGUUGUUAAUAGUGUAAAUAGCGUUACAGUUAGUGAUAGUGACCUCGAGGACGUGUUCCGCGACAAAACUGAGACGCUGGCCCACGAAGAGGCCGUUAGUGUAAUAGGUGAUAAUACAGUUACUAAAACCGAGACGAAAUUAGUUAAAACUAGCAAAGCGGUCAGUGAGAGUGAGAAAAUUGAUGUGCAGGUGACGGUUACUGUCAAGAAGGAGACUAUAGAUCCGCCCAAAGCGCCCGUCAAACAAGAAAAGGUAGAGGUAGUCGAAAAACGUGACGAUGUCGCCAUGAAACAGAUAGAAGCGAUCACGGAAGACCUAGACAAUCUCAUACAGGAGAUGCGCGACAGAACCAAACCCGCUAAACCUAUCAAAGUGAAGAGUGACUGCACGCAAACUGAUAUAAAUAUAGAUAGCAAAUUAGAUACCUUUGACGAUGUACCUGUUAUUAAUCGAGAUAAUGUAGUUCUUAAGAAAAACAAAAGCGAAUCGAGCCUGGACAGCCCCGAUCUGGAAGUUUCGAGGCUUAUGAACAAAAAAUUAAUCAGCAGCCCUUUCUGUGACAGCAGCUCCUCUUUGGAAAUAUCCGGGAGCUCCAUGGAGAGUCUGAACGCGAUAGACCAGCCGGCCAAACCGAUCAUCAUACAGGAAUCUGUUGAGUCUGAUUCCGAACUUGAUAGAAGAAAAACUGAUGUGGUAUUGUCUACCGAGAGUAGCAUAGAAUCCACGAGUGAAGUCACUCCCGUCAACAGCGGGAACUUCUUGAACAUGUCUGUCAGCUCCAACGAGAGUGUGUCUCCGAUAAUAUUUGGGAAAAACAAGAAGAUACACGGAUCCCUCUCCAGCUUGGAAGCGAGCGUGAGUUCCUUGGAAUCCAGACAAGAAAAAGUUAUGGUGACUUCAGCCGACUCGGGUAUAGAGUAUUCCUUGCAAAACCCCUCUGAGAAUAAAGAAGAUAACUCGUCCAAUGAAGGCACUUUAACUAACAAUUCGAGUCUAAAAGAAACUGUAAAGAAAGAUGGCUUCCAACUGCAAGAAACCCUCACUUGCACUCCCAAGAGAACGUCCAGCUUGCUUGAUGUGCCUGCGCUGAAAACUAAAGGUUUGGACAGAAUGAGGAAAAUAUCGUGGGUCGCGCCUUCACCCAGCUUCCCUAUACCGAGGCCGGAACCAGAAAAAGAAUCCAAAAUCCCGGGCCAUUUAGAAAAAUUACUAAGCCUCUUCCAACACCCUGCCAGCAUAUUUUCUAGAAGCUCAGAGGACGAAAAGAAAUCCACUUCAAAUACUCCUCCUAGGAAGGACUCUUCUCUCACCAGUUCCUUUUGGUCCUGGGGCAGCGCUACCGAGAAGACAGAAGAAAAAGAAGACGUGGAAAGCCUCUCCGAAGCCACAGAUUCAACUCUUUCCGAGAGAGUCCAAGUUUCUUUCGUCGAUGAAUCUUUCUCGAAAAAACUCGACAGCAAAACGCCGUCAACAGACACAGAUAACACGCUGAGCGAGUUCCAAUCCCCGCAGGGCAACUCUGAGGCUAGCGAGUCUGAAAUAGAUAAAGUUACCGAAAAAACCACCGAUGACAAUUUAGUACAAAAAUGUUUAGGUUUAAGCUUAAAGUGUGACGCUAGCGCCAACGGAAACAAGGACGUGGCGAGAGCGUGUGAUAUAGUAGAUCUCAAUAAACCCAACGACUUAAAUAAAAACUAUGAUACGAGUAAGCCAGACACCAAUAAGAAUUCCGGCGAACCGGAUUCUAAAGAAGAUAAAGACAAAAUAGAACCAGUUAGACCCAGAUCCUUCGCUGCGGUCCUAAAAGCGUCCGGUUCGGAAAAUUCUCUAGACAAACAGAGUCCGGAAACCGGACAACCCGUCGACAAACUACCCAGCAAGGUCAUCCGAGGCAUCAAAGAAAAUAUAAGCCCAGAGAACACAUUAACAUCCACUAUGACUAAAGCUCUAGCUUUUGAACUAACGGAGAAACAGGUUAAAAGUCAACCGAUAGUUAACACCGUUUGGGAAGUAACGUUAGACAAUGAACCUAAAAUAGAAAACAAGGUCCAAGAUUUAGCGCCUAUAGCUACUAUAGAGGAGACCUGUGACGAAACUAUAGAAAACGCGCAGUUAGAUUACAUUGACGACAUCAAGUUCAUUGAUGACAAAAACACUUCGAGCGAUAGCGGCGUCACUUUGGAAGGUACUGACAAAGUAAAAGAUUUGGAAAACAUAGAUUUGGGUAAAGAUGCACUUUCGUACCUCAUUUACGAAAACCAGGGACCUGUACCUAAUGAAGAAGCAACUAAGUCUGAAGCUGAACCUAGCUUAGCUCAAGAAUUGAGAGACGCUGAAAUUAAAGAGCAACUUCUCGAUCUAUCACCAGAAUUAGUUGUAGAUGAAGAAGCGAUAGAGCCGGAUGUAUUCAAAGAAGUUUUAAAAACCUCUCCUGUCGUCCCUCAAGCGAAGCUCAAGAAAGCUAACUCAGCUGAAGACAUCUCACAAUGCGAGGAGAGUCAAAAGAAAACCAUCGCGUUCAAAGUGCCUGAAGUAGUCUCAACACCGAGAGAUAUCCCGGAGAGGAGAACGAAAUUACGAUCACGCAGCGGUUCCAGCCCCAAAUCUUUACCGGAGAGUUUGAACAAACCUUCCCCGUUAUCCAAAAUGGACUCUGUUUUGUUUAAGAAAAAGAAAAAGGUGUCGUCUCUAGGGAAAAUAGCUAGAGAUUCUCUCCUCGCUUUGAAUAUGAGCGAAGAAGAGAUAGCAGAGUUCAGACGGUCGUACAAGCUUACUUCCGUAGAGAGUUUGAGGUCUUUGGAGUCUGUGUCGGAAGAUGCAAACUCUCAAAGUGGGACUUCGGUUGAUUCUAGAUGCAGGUCAUGUCUGCGGACGUCUCAAGAGAGCCUCAUGUCGCUGGACUCUAUAAACGAGGACUGCCGCUGCGGAGAGGAGUGUGAGAAGCCGACCCACUCGGGGAGGUAAUCGGGUUCAUCGGAGUUAUUGGGAGACUAUGGCUUCAAAGAGGGCUUGUUACUUGUUUGCUUCUCAAAUGAUUUUUUUGAUCAUAUACAUUUGUUUAAGUACAAAUUAUAAUAAUCAACGUUUUUGAUGCUUGUAUGCUAAUGUAAAUAAAGAAAGUAGAAAUAACAAGUUUUAUUACGCCCAGGCUGUUGUAAAAUGUUAUACAAAUAUACAUAGUAAUGACGUACUUUGCCAACGUCAAACGUGUAUAUAUAAACUUAUUCACUAUCCAUAGUACUCCCAAGAUUCUAAGUGUAUUAAAUAUUAUGUACAGUGCGUUUUAAAUUUUAUAUAAAAAGAUAAGGUUAUCCAUUCUUAAAUAUAUGCGUUUGCAUAAAAUAUAUGUACAGAAGGUAGAAGAUUAUAUGACUUUGCAUACUAAUAUUAUUGUCUCUUUCCAAAAAUAAGGAAAUAGGGAUAGAUGUUUUCUCUCGGUAAUAUUAGUAUGCGGAGUAAGAUGUUUAUAAUAGUGGUUCAAUAUAUCAAAUUGAUAUGUUGACAUUUCUUCUCAAAAGUUUAUUACUAUAGUAAAUAUAUGAAAUAAUCAUGUAUCUAACAUAAUGUAGCGCACUUCGCUAGAUUUUAUAACAUAUCUAAAAAUUUUAUAGAGUUAAAACCAUACAAGUUAAAAUUAAUAACCCUAAAAAACAAAUAUUGACGUAAUAACAAGGACUUGUACUUAAAACACGUUGAAUACUUAAAUAAAAUCAACAAACUUAUUUUUAUUAUAUUUUGUUCCUUGAGGAACUCAAAGCUUAAGGUGUCAUAUACUAACUUUUACAAUCAUGUAUCUAAUAAUAUUAUAUACAUUAUGUGAUUCGGCCCUGAGCUUGAAAUCCGCAAAUUAUUUUCGUUUGUUUUGAUGAACAAUUGUGAAAUGGGCCCUAUUUUAUACAGUAUUUAUUGUCG